AUGUCAGAAAAAGAAAAGAAGAGUAGAAACACAAUAUAUCUUCCCGAGGAUUUGAUUGUGGAGAUACUCUCUAGGGUUCCGAGGACUUCACUGGCACGGUUCCGAUCUACCUCAAAAGGGUGGAAUGCUCUUAUAGAAAAAGAUGAGAGACUUGCUAAGAACAGCUCUCUAGUUGUCAUGUUAAUUUAUCGUAAGGUUUAUUUGGUUAGGCUUGAUCUCCACGGAAUUCAGGACGACAACAUUGUAAAGGUAAUAAGUCAGUUCAGCCUCAAUGACCCUCUUUCAACUUAUUCUUUGAAAGAAGUUGAUAUACACAAUGUCUUUCACUGCGACGGCCUAUUGCUGUGCACCACCAUGAACGGAAGACUGGUUGUUUGGAAUCCAUGUUCAGGGGAAACCAGUAGAAUUAUCACACCCUUACAGCCUUACAAUACUUCCGAUGCCUACGCGCUCGGUAAAUCCUCAUGCAACAACGAGUACAAAAUUUUGAGGGUCCAUCAUGGACAUGAUGGACGUGGUUACGGGCAACCAUGCCUAGUUAGGUACGAAAUAUAUGACUUUACAUCUAUUUCGUGGAGGGUUGUUGGUGAGACUAGAGACUGGUCCAUUCCACGUAUCUGGCGACAUGGCACGUCUGUGAAUGGAAAUACUUACUGGCUUACUUAUACUUAUAGUCAAGAUUCACCAACAGGGAUGGGGAAUACCUUACGUUGUUUUGAUUUCUCAACAGAGAGGUUUGGAUGUGUGUCUCUUCCGAGUGAUCCUCUUUCUUAUAAUGUUUUUGCUUUAUCAGUGACUAGAGAAGAUCAAAAUCUUUGUCUGUUAACUUCUCGUGAUGAGGUACACGAUAUAGAUAUAUGGAUGGCAACAAAUAUUAAAAGUACCGGGGACAUGUCUUGGACAAAAAUUAUAAAAGUCGAAAGAACCCAUCCACGGGAGUUUCUUGGGCUUCGUACUGAGAUGACUUUCUUGGUCGAUCGGGAUCAUAAAGUUUUACUGCAUCCCACUAAAUAUAAGAACUUUAGUAACUGCUUACACAUUGUGGGAAAGGAUAAAUACAUACAAGUGGACCUUCAUGAUGUAGGAUCUAAACGCUCACUUCCUGUCAGCAAUGAUCCAACUUUGGUUCAAAUCCAACAAGGUUCGUCGGGGGUAGACAAAUGGAAAGCACCAAUAACCAAGUUUUCAUGA